CUUCCGACUUCAAAACCCUACAAAGCCUUUCACUUAUACGAAGCCUAUUUGAAAUACACACUUUCUUCUCUACAGCAAGAGCCCGCGGGCAGUGGCAUGGAACUUGAAAAUGGCAUCAAGCACGUAAGACCUGGAAACGGCUUCCUCCCUGACUUCAUUUUGCUGAAGAAAACAGAUGUGAAUGGAGUUGACGAACAUCCUCUGUUUACUUAUCUGAAGGAGUACUGUCCCCCCACCCGCAAGGAAUUCGCCGACCCAAGCCAGCUCUUCUACCAUCCGAUGAAAAGCAACGACAUUCGCUGGAAUUGGGAGAAGUUCCUCAUCACGAAGAGCGGGAAGCCGUACAUGCGGUAUGACGCGGAUACUCGACCCGACAAGAUCAAGAGCGACGUCGCGUUUCUCCUCCAGCAGGAGUUUUAGGUUUGGAGGCGGAAGGGGCUUUCCUGGCCGAGAAGGGGGUUUGUUGAAGUGACGGAUAGAGUGAUUAUUAUUUUUUUUUUCUUUUUUUUUAAGUGACGAGUAAAGUUAUUUUUUCUUUUUUUUUUGUUAGUGACGGAUAGUUUUGUUGUUGUUGUUUUUGUAAAGUGACGGAUACAGUGAUUUUUUUUUGUUUCUUUGUUAAAGUGAUGGAUAAAGUGUUUUUAGAGCUUUUUUUCAUUGUAAUAGUGCCGGAUAGUGUAUUUUCUUUUUCUUUGAUAAAGUGCCAGUCAAAGCGCUUUUGUUUUAUAGUUUUCUUUUUCU